AUGACCAGGAGAACUACCGCGGAAAUCUUCGUACUCGCUGUUGUGCAAACGGUGAUUGCAGAUGUUAAAUCGGCAAGUUGUGUGACCGUCCUGCUUGUCCCGCAAUUUCUGAGCAAACGAGGACGAGCUGCCCUUAUAGGGUUUAUCUUUGUGCUUACCGUGACCGGUCCAACGGCAAAUACGAUGCGAAACGUGGAGGUUCUUGGGCAAACGCUGAGCUGUACGCAACAGCAGCUGAAGGUCGCGUUCCAGGAAACUCUCCACGCGUUGAAAGUCCCUUUCCGGGCGAUGAAGCAGGUAAUCGAUAGUACACUCAAGACUGUGGAACGAUCGUUCAUGAAGGUGCAACAGCAGCUGAUGGAGAUCCUGAAGCUGGUGAAAAGGAUACUCCAUUCGAUAAAAGCAGCAUACGAUUGGUUGCGGGAUCUGGUAAGCAUUUGCAACGACGAACUGGGAAGUCCCUCGGAACGAUGUGUUAAGUCACUGGAUAAAACUAUCGCCGGAUGCAAGGAGGAAAUGGGGGCGAUGGAUUUCCUGUGCGAAGUUACGCAGGUCGCCAAAUCGAUCUGCUUCGGUGCGCGUAUGGUGGAUAUGUUCUGUGAGCUGAUCGAUUUUGUGAGCGAUAGCAUCGUCGAUGAGAUUGAACGAGGUAUUCAGAAUCUGAUGCAGUACAUGGAGGAACUUUUCAGGGUGCAGGUUGAGUACGAUCAUGCGUACGAUUUCGAAACGAAUGCAUCAAAGUCCUUCGCAGAUAUAAGCGCUGAUAUACGGGGGGAAAUCGAACAACGCACUUUGCCUUUGAGACGCACUUUUAGUGUUCUGGGUGUGGUAUCGAGUGGUUUCUUUAUCUGCAUUGUCUUGAGGGCUAUAAGAUACUGGCAACGCUACCUAACGAAGGACACGUUCGAUAAUGGCUUCUUGACGGAGGAUUUUUACGAAAUCGAACAAAGACGCGCUGAAAUGAAUAUUGCUCUGGUGCUUCCUUUAACUCGUAAAGAAGCACAACGCUACGUGCCGAUCACCUCAUCCCAUCUAACGUGGAAAGAAAGACUCCGGAUAGCCAGAUCCAUUACGUUCCUGCUUAUUUCAACCGUCCAGAUACUUUGCCAGCUGUUUGCCGACUACGCUCUGUACUGGUUGCUAACGCUGCUCAAAACCUUUAUGCACGAAGGAUCUGCUAGUCUAAAGAAUGGAUCGAACAGUUCGCUGCCUGUUGGAGUGGCUGUCCGUGGUGAGGGUAUUUUGGCGGAUACGUUACGCGAAAUCGUUCACUCUUUCGAUCCGAUCGUCAAUGGAACCAUCAUUGAUCCUGCCCACUGCAUACCGGAUGCCUCGCCACCACGAUUUGGAAGAUAUGGCGAAAUCGUAGCCCUACUUGUGCUUUGCUGGAUAUUUACGUUCGCCGAGCCGUAUGGUUUGCGUGUACGACAGAUAAUCAUGAGGAGCUACUAUCCAGCCAGGGCACGUGCUCGAGCGCUGUGGUUGCAUAGUGACAUACUGAUGAAGCGAGAAAAUCUGAUCCAGAUUUUUAGACGAUAUGUUGGCCCGCCAUCUAGCCUUCCGCGUCCAAAGGGAACAUUUUUUGACGUACUGAGAGCAAAAACUAAUCGCUUCUGGAUUUGUCGUAAGCUGCUUGGAAUUGGCGACGUCCUUCACUGUACGCUCUGCGGGGAGAUCCUAGUGGAGCAGGAAGAUCAACUCAUCCCUUGCAGUCGUAACGAAUGUCCCGGUGUUUACUGUCAGGAUUGCUUUCUGGAGACGGCUAACUGUUGUUCUCUUUUGCCAGCUUGCAAUACUCGCAAGCAAUGCUUUCGGCGCAAGGAUACGAUUCACUGUCACGAUGCUAGCAAAUGA